AUGGAUGCACUCAAAUCUGCUACUAAGGUCGACAGCAAAUUGCAAUCAGGCGAGGAACCAAUUUCAGGAGAGAAAGGACAAGGCACUGCCGAACAGCCUUAUGACCAGGGUAAUGCUGAGGGAACAGAAGGUAAAGAUGUGGGAGAAUUGUCUAGUUCUGCAAUUCAGGAUGCAAAGCAGAAAGUCACAGACGCUGCGGCGGCGGCUGUAGGAGAAAAGAAGUGA